GUGUUUGUCUCUGUUGGUGAGCAAUGGUGGGACGCUUUUCUCAGAAACUCCGGUUCCAAACGGCAGCGCACUUUGCUACACCGUCACUCAGUUUUGAGAGCCCGUCGAGCUAAGAGCAAGCAUUAAUUAGUAGAAAUAGACGACAGAGAAACAAAAAAAAACAAAAUACAGCUUAAAACAAUUGCUCUUGGUGUGGUGGCAAGCAAGGCGCAGUAGUAGUGGUUUAAAAGUGCGAUAAAUUGUGAUAAAGUGAUAUGAAUAGUGCUCUCGCAUCGCUGUCGCAAGUGUGGUGUAGAGAACGAAAAGAAACAAGUUAACGUGACGACGAGAAGAAACCAUACUCCUUCCGUAAGAAAGUGAGAGAAGAACCGCAGCGGAAGAAGAAAUCAUCACGACAUCGCGUCUCAAGUCAGAACGGGAAAAACGGAAACACAAUUCCACACACACAUAUCCACACGCAGUUUGCAGUGCUCCAAAACCCCCCUAACGAAACGAAAACAACACCCCCGAUCGUUGUCAAGGAGACGGUGUUUUUUUUUAACCUGUGUGUGUGUGUGUGUGUGCAUUACAUGUGCGUGUGUAUGCGUGCUGUGUUCGUGGUCUAUUAGUUUCCUGCUUGAAAGGAACAGUUUUGUUGAAAGUCAGCCCCCCGAAUUGAAUGGGUUUGGCGUUUGUUCCGUCUAUUGUUUCCUUGAAUGUGAAGCAGUUCUGAAUGCAUUAGUGUUUGGAGUGCACGUGUGAGCAUACAAAUUGGAGCGUCAUUAAUGAUAAGCUUGGUGUGGUACAGCGAACGAAAAAUCAAACGCCCAUGAUAUUGAGAAUGGAUGUGUGAAUGUUGCAAGAAGGAUACACAGCUUUAGUGCGUACACACGUGUGCUGAUUACGGUGCUGGAUGGUUUAUAGUGCAAAGUGAAAAUCAAGCAAAAAAGCGCCAUCAGAAAACACACUCCUUUUUUGGUGGUGAAGCAGCAAGCACGGUUGACGAAAACGGGAGUGUAAGGCUCUAAUGUUGGAUGCACAAUGGCCACAUCACCCACACCAUCCUUAGAUUCGCUACCGGGUGCAUCCAAUUCCAUCGGUUCGUUCGGUGAACCCGCCGACUACCUGUCGGACUCUCCGCUAACAACGCUGAGCGGUGGCUCUGGCACGACCGGUUCCUCCCCGCCGGCCAGCGAUUCGGCCAUCUGCGACGAUUUUGCGACUUCCUCCAGCCUUGAGUCCGCCCAGUCGAACAACGGCUCGUCGGAAUCGCUGUUUCCGCGCUGCACCGGCUGCAAAAGUAAGCAAUCGGAUGCGGUAGCCAAAUGUAUGGACUGCGACAACUUUCUGUGCGCUAACUGCGUUACCGCACACCAGUUUAUGCACUGUUUCGACGGCCACUCAGUUUACCGCAUUACGGGCGGCGGUUUGGGUAGUGUUGUUGGCGGCGGCGGUGGUGUCAACACGUUCGGCUCUAUUGGAUCGCUCGCCAACGGGACGAUGGCGGCCAACACGGUCACCACGACUGCUCCGACCACGCCAACGCUGGGCGGAUUGCUGGGAGGCUGCCUCGAUGGGUCCGGUCUACUUGCCGGCAGCAUUCUGGGCGGCGGCACGGGCGGCAAAAUGCUCCAGAUGGGAGGCUUCGAUUCGGCCCAUCCGCGGCUCAGCACGCUCAAUCUGACCAUCAAGGACGAUGCUAGCAGCCUGGUAAAAUCUAUCAUGAACAACGUGAUAACGCCCCCGACUUCUAACGGGGCCCCUGGUAGUGGCAGCAACAUCAACAAUGGCAACGGUACUGGCAACAACAACGGCAACAACAACAACAGCAGCAAUAGCAGCAGUAGCAGUAGCAGCAGCAGCAGUAGCAGCAGCAGCACAAGCAGCAGCAGCGGUGGCAAUGGCAACAGCUUGAUGAACCAGGUCAACAGUCAGCUUUCGGCCGUGAUGCAGCAAUCAACCGGCUUGGGAACGGAUUUGCUGCUCUCGAACGGCCUUGGCAGUGGUGGUGGUGGUGGGAUACUUGGCGGGUUGUUGAGCAACGGCAGCAUUGGAUCCGGGUUGGGCGGUGGUCUGCUGGGCGGAAACAAUAAACCGAACUACUUCUGCAAGCGCCAUCCCAGCGAGCUGCUCAAGUUCUAUUGCCGCACGUGCAGCGUUCCGGUGUGCAAGGACUGUAUGCUGCUGGACCAUCCGAAUGGGCUGCACGAUUGCGAACACAACAGUGACACUACGCCGAAGCAGAUUGAAAGCUUGCUGCACACCGUGUCGGAAGUGCGCGCCAAGGCACAGGACCUUCGAUCGCUGAUCAAGAACGUCGAGCACAGCGGCCAGCGUAUCCAGCUGCAGUAUCACAAGGCGCAGAAUGAGAUCGAAGAUACGCACCAGUUCUACCGCUCGAUGGUGGAUGAGCGUAAGGCGGAGCUGCAGAAGGAGCUGGAAAAUUUCUACAACGCAAAGACGGUCUCCCAGUCGGAGCUGCUCAAUCGCAGCCAGGACCAUGUGGACAAGAUGCUGCAGAGUUGCGAAUUUGUCGAGCGUCUAACGAAAUGUGCCGGCCCCUCCGAGACGAUCAUGCUGCGCAAGUUCAUGGAAAACAAGCUGAUGCUCUUCCCCGCGAUCACACACGACCUGCAGGCUUCGUACGAGCUGGAGUUUGUUUCCAACUAUCAGGCGAUCCAGAUCGGUGUCCGCAACACCUACGGCUACAUUCGCUCGAAUGCAGACCUGUCCAGCGUCACGACGAAACAGCCACCCAUUGCACGUCCCACCUCAACUACGAAUGGAGGUUCUUUGCUCGGAGGCAAUCGCAGUGCCAGCCCAUCCAACAGCAGUACCGGCAGCAUGAAUUUGAUGUCUCACCAUCAUAUGAGAAACGGCGAUGGUCUCAUGAACGGUGGCAGUGGUGGAGCACACCUACUCGACCAUCACUCGCACCAGCGCCAUCAGCAGCAUCAGCAACAUCAGCAUCAGCAGCGAUCCUUCGGCGGUUCUUUGGUGAACGGUGGUGGCCACGGUGUGAACGGUGGUGGUUUAUCGACGUCUCCGCUGAGCGGGUGCGGUACAGGAUCCAGCAUGGUCAACGGACUGUCGGCAGCUUUCGAUACAACGAACCUGAUCUCCAAGCGGUUCAACAGUGCUAACAGUCUCGGUCCAUUCGUUGGAGAGCCAUCGAUUGGGCAGCCUAUUGGUAAUGCGUACGAAAAGUGGAGCAAUGGAGGUGGAACUGAUCUGUUCAACAACCUCUCUGAUCAGUACACUAUUCCACUGAAUUCUAUUGGCGGUGGAGGCGGCGGUGGUGGUGGAGGCAGUGGAGGCGGUAGUUCGGGUGCCGGUGGACAGCAAGACACAUCGGCAGCGAUGAUCGACCUUACGGCGAAGCUGAUGUCAAGUUCAAUGUUCCCGCCCAAGAGCCAAAUCAAGCGUCAGAAGAUGAUCUAUCACUGCAAGUUCGGCGAGUUCGGCGUGAUGGAAGGCCAAUUCACCGAGCCGAGCGGUGUGGCGGUAAAUGCGCAGAACGACAUCAUCGUCGCCGACACCAACAACCAUCGGAUACAGAUCUUUGAUAAGGAGGGUCGCUUCAAGUUCCAGUUUGGCGAAUGCGGCAAGCGCGACGGUCAGCUGCUCUAUCCGAACCGUGUAGCCGUUGUGCGUACGUCCGGUGACAUCAUCGUGACGGAGCGCUCGCCGACGCACCAAAUUCAGAUCUACAACCAGUAUGGCCAGUUUGUGCGCAAGUUCGGCGCUAACAUCCUGCAGCAUCCGCGCGGCGUUACCGUGGACAGCAAGGGCCGUAUCGUUGUCGUGGAGUGCAAGGUGAUGCGUGUCAUCAUCUUCGACCAGUCCGGCAACGUGCUGCAGAAGUUUGGUUGCAGCAAGCAUCUCGAGUUCCCGAACGGGGUUGUAGUCAACGACAAGCAGGAGAUCUUCAUCAGCGACAAUCGAGCACAUUGCGUGAAGGUGUUCAACUACGAGGGUCAGUUCCUGCGGCAGAUCGGUGGCGAGGGUGUCACCAACUACCCGAUUGGCGUAGGCAUUAAUGCCAGUGGCGAAAUCCUUAUCGCGGACAAUCACAACAACUUCAACCUGACCAUCUUCACACAAGACGGGCAGCUAGUAUCGGCCAUGGAGAGUAAGGUGAAGCACGCCCAGUGCUUCGAUGUGGCCCUCAUGGACGACGGCAGCGUGGUGCUAGCGAGCAAGGACUACCGGUUGUACAUCUACCGGUACGUGCAGGUGCCUCCGAUCGGUCUGUAAAUACAUUCGCCUGCACCUUUUCAACCCAAAGUCUGACAUCUUCCAUGACAACCGCCAAAAGAGGUAGGCAUCCUACAGACAGACAGUACCGAAGGCAAAUGAUGUGGCAGAGCGAGAAGGGUCGUCUCAACACAGUUGGUGAAUGUACAUGAAUGUCCCUAUGUGUUAUUUUGUACUAGCCGUAAGAAUAGUUUGACAUUUUAAAAAGCAAACAAACAAACAAACAAACAUGCACACAUACCCUCCUCUACUGACGACACCUAUCUCUAUGCUGCUGUAUCUUAUUCGUGGAACAUCUGUAGGACGCUAUCCGCUUUUAUUGUGCAAACGGAACGAAAUUCGAAUUGAAAGUGCAUCGACGAGAUUUGUGAUAGUUCUUUACCCCAUUGAAUUGUGUUGGGUGCUAGCAUAAAAGAUAUAUGUAUCGCCAGCACCGACCGGAAGCGAAGAAUUCAAGCAUACCACAUAAUUCUCCAGAGCGUGGUGUGUGAAAUGCCAACAUCAACAUGCAUAGGACGAACAGGCAAACGAUCAGAAGUGAAAUGAAUCUGCAGUGGUCUAACAUUUUACGGCUAUCAGGAUUGUGUAAAGAACUGAAAAUAUUUUCAUACAUGUAUAUAUAUAUAUAUGCUAGUUUAUAUAUAUGUGCGUAUGAAUGUAUGUUAAACUGUGUGCGCGUGCUUGUGUAUUUAGCAACUAACGAGUUCAACACAAUGCUCAGAAGGAUAUGCAUCGAACAAUCAGACUUGUACUGAAUCAAACAGAUCUCCAAAAACAAAACAGUCAACUGAAAACGAAAAGAUUGUUUUAGCAUCGUUAAAUUUAAGCAUCUUUGUCAAGUAUAGUGAAAGUUAGGCGACGGUAAUAAUAACGUGGCGCAAUUACAUGAUGAACAAAGGCGUUAAAAGAACGGAAGAGCGCUAGGAAGACAAGAAAGCAAAUAGACAGAAAGAGAAAAGGAUAAAGGAUGAGAUAGAAUUGUCAUCAUGCGCUUCCUAAAUUGCGAGAUUGUUGUUGACAUAUCGAAUUUAGCACAAAAUGUGUGUGCCAGCUGUGCUGCUACUGUAACUGCUAGAGAAUACCACACUAACACCUACAGACACGCAUACCACACACACCCUGGCAAGACGUUCACUGUCAAAAGAGGUGCGCUUAACACGUUUGAGUAGCAACAACAGAAACUAUUCACGAUAACGCCAAAACAUAGACAGCCAACAACGCUCAACGCUUCUACGUUAUCCGCAAACGUCGGAGCAUAAACGUCUAGUGUGCGUCCUUAGCACAGGCAGCCUUUUACUAGGAUCUUCGCUCAACGUGCCGAUCAGCUGAGGAGAUACGAUCAACAAAAUAGAAGGCGGAUACGGUCAUAAGAAGCAUCCGUGUCAAGUAAGAUGUGUUUGUUUGACCUGUUGAUUAGAUCCCACCCAGGUUCUCAACUGUAGCAGAUAACGUGUUUUAUUUAAAUUGCGCGUUGUACAACUAUGUUUUUGUUUGUUUUUAUAAUUAUUUUUACGUUUAUUAUUAUUAUUAUUAUAUUGUGUUAUCUGUGCGACAAAAACUGUUUGAACAAUAACUUUUAUGUUGUGUAUAAUGCAGCGUUGGCUGGUGCGCCUGCAACACCCCAACAAAAAUAGAACGCAAACGAGCCGGAAUGCCCCAUUUUGGCGACUGCAACCACAUUAUGGGGUGUGAUUUUGUUUAACAUUGCAAGGAUAGCGCAAACGUUCGCAUCCCAAAAAGGUUAUCGAAAUGAGAGAAUGACUGAAUCAAGUUCGUACUAAGGGCAACUUUGAUUACAGUUCGUUGAGCGGUAGUCGCAAAUAAGGUACUUUCAAUUUGACUGAGUUGCUCUGCGCAGAAGACUAUUGUUGACAUGUUUUAGUCCUUGCUUAAUAUAUUGUAAUAACUAGUCUUUAAUGCAUCGUGUUCUGUAUACUUUUUUUAACUGCGAAACCUUUACAAAUGACUCGAUUCUCAUAAAAGAGCCCUACAAACUUUACGAAAUGUGGAUCCAAGCGAUCGUUUUCAAUAAGACACCAUUCCCGAAUGGUACUCAAACAGUAGGAGAGAAACUGAUUUGAUCUUUUGUGCCCAGCAGCAGCACGUUCUAGGAAUAAUGAUAAUGAUGACGUUCAGCAACUGCAUCAAAAGAGUCAAUGUAAUAUUGAUACGAGUACGUAAUAAUUAAAACUCUGCUUUCGUAUAUUGGUUUAAGCGGAAUUGUAAUAGACUAUUUGAAGCUUUUGUGUGCGGUUAAAAUCCGAAGCAGAUAUUGCUCUCUCGAAGCCGUCGGGAACUACUUAAACAAAGACAACAAAUUACCAAAAUUGCAUGUAAAAACUAUUAUUCCUACAAGUUAAUCUUACCUCGUACAGCGUAAGGCGAAAGUUAUAAUCUUUUUGUUGAAUGCCGUACCCUUUUAUUGGUUCAUGACUUAUUAACGGCAAAAUCAAGCUCUUUUUUUUACAAAAAAAACUUCUUCAACACAGAACUUGGUUUGAAAGGUAUUUGCACUUUAAGUCACUUCCUUUGCCAAUCCAAGCACAAUUCUGAACUAAAAAAAAUUGGUUGCUUAUGAAAUACACUAGGAUAAAAAAAAACUAGCUGAAAACGGUGGAUCAACAUAAAAAUCAUAACUAAACGUUAGUAGGUAUAUUUAAAAGGAAAUAUUUAGAUAAAUUGUUAAAUCAGUGUACCCUUUCAAGAAGCAACGGAUGAGCAAAACUGUGCGAUGAUGGUGAUUACACUGGAAUUUGCAUGCAUUUUUUUUUUCUUGAAAGGCGUAAUGUGGCGAAUUGAGUUUCUUUGUUAUCUUUUCCUAAUUGCAACGAACAAUUGCUCCAAGCUGAUCAUCUGUCGCGACGAACAGCCUCAGAUUGCUGUUAAACGAAAAAAGAAAAAAAAAAAAAGAAUUAUUACGCGAUCAACAGUGAUCAAUGAAACUGUAAGUGACAAAUGGUGCGUCGAAUUCGUUCAAAUUCCUAUUUGUUUGUAGUUUUCAUAUUUUAGUUCUGUACGAUGUUGCAUUGUUUUACCCCAUUCUAAGUCUCUUAUUUAUAUAAUGUUUGCUCACACUUUGCUCUCUUCUAUUGUUCUGUUCCAGUCUGAGUGCGUUUUUUCCACUUUUUUCAUGUGUGUGCUAUCUGUAAAUUAUGUAAACUUCUUUUCGCAUAAUUCAAUUUUAUUUACGAAAUACUGUUUCCAUUUUCCAUCAUCAAUAACACACACACACAGUACGUAAAAUAGAAUGAGCUUAGAUUUAUUUUGUGUUAUUUGAAAUCGUGACAAAGAAUUUAAAUCCAAUCUAUUAAACCUGCAACGAACAAAAGCCAACGGCAGUUUUAGAGAGAAAACUUGCCUGCAUUGAGCACAUUUCCUUAAACAGUAAUGUAAAAUAGUUUCAAGAAAUGCGUUUGAGUUUUGAUGGAGAUGGACAGAUGGAUAUCGCAACUGAUUGUUUUUUUAUCGACCGCGAUUGCCAUACACAUGGAACUCGAUCAAUGGCGUAAAACAGAAAUUUGACCACUCCUCAUAUAUACAGUGCAGUAUUAAGAAAUGUUUUAUCUUGUCGUUUGAUGAGUUUUUGUGUAAUAAAUUUUCUGUUGUUUUUUUUGUGUAUUAGAACAAAGAAUAGGACCACAUACGCUUGUCGAUGAUCGUUUGUUACACUAUUUUUAAAUCCCCUGUCGUGUGCUUAACGUAAGAGUUCAGUAUUUUAUACACAUUACACAUCUAGUUAUUUAGCCUAAGAUGUUCGAUAUCCAUAUCCCAGGACCGUGUUUUAUUAUUAUUAUUAUUAUUCUUGUAAUUUACGUUUGUAAGUGUCCAUACAGGUCUGAGCUUGAUGCUGUUCGUAAUGUGUCUCUCUGAUGUAGAGCCGUAGAGUAUUUGUCAUAGUUUAUGUUAGCAUUUCAUUUGUAUUAGGUUUUAGCGAAACCAGACGUCUACUUACUGCAUUUAAACCCAGGACGGCUCGAUGCCCAAAUCGCAAGCCCUUCCUUUUUAAGCUAAUAGUAUUUAGUUAUAUUACCGAUGUUUGUUGGUUAUGUUGAUCUUUGUGUUGUUAAAUUAUAAUGCUUAAGUUUUUGAGUUUGAUGAGUUUGCUUAUUUAGUGUGAACAGAUCUAGAAACAAUUCUCGAUAAACGAUUAAAUAUCCCAGGCUCGAUUGUCAGCAACGUAUAAUGUCUUGCAAGACAGCAAUAGAUCACGCUUGCCAGAUAAAUAGUAAAAAAAAACAGAAGAAAAAAACAAACAAACUACAUGUUGAACAAGCAAUGGUGUAACUACGUAAUCAAAAGUCAACCAGUACAGCAGGCCCACAUAACCGUUCGUGGCGCGAAGCAUCGUUAUUGCAUACGGCAAACAUUCACUCCAUGCACUCACAUUUGACGUGCAAUUGACUGAUAAUGCUAUUAAAACUGAAAUGAUAUAAAGAACAUCAAUUCUAGUUGCAAGGCGGUUGCACAGAAACGGAGAUAAAGAAAGCGCUAAUGCGUUUCUCUCGAACUUAUUUAGUUUUCUCGUUCAUUACUCGUAUCUCGCAAUGACUUUCUUCGUUCAUAUCGACCGAAAAGCGAAAAGCUAUUGUUAGGAGUUUAUACGGAUUAUUAUUAUUUUUUUAAGUAUAUCUUUUUUUGAUGAUUUAUUAAGAUAAUUUAAAAGGUAAAUAAAAGUGUUGUUUAGUCAAAUUUCAUAAUUUGUUUAUUUUUUUCCUUAUAUUUAUUCUUAUAUUUUCUGCUGAAAUUUUUGAUUUACACACUACUAAACAAAUACUAACAUUCAUGCUCUCACUAGCAUCAACUAACCUCACACACUUACUAACUCAUCCUCAAAAACUAAACCACCAAACUAACCUACAUCAAAUCAACACUUUAAUUCGACGAAUAUGUCCAGAUUGUCGAUGAACCUUUCGCUGUUCAGUGAAGAUUCCAUGGAAAAUUGAACCUUCAUAAAGAUCAAUAACUUACCAACGAAUACGCUUUUGGUUUGCCAAUUCUCUUCUCUCUUUUGUGUAUGCUUUAUUUGUAGAUUUGUUUAGUGUUACAACCGAUCAUUAGCUACUUGCAUGUAUUCCAUGGUAGAACAUUUGGUAUUAAACAUCAGAAUGGGUUUGAGCAAUGUAACAUUCCUCUAAAAAAAUGAAGCAUAUAACUACAAGGAUAAUUUGCAUGUACCAUACAGAAGGAAAAGAUGACAUGAAAGAAACUCUUUGGUGCGUUUUGAGAAGCCUUUUUUGCUAUUGCCCAGCAAAACGGUCAAAACGGCAAUACGCGACGUUCGCUAAUAAUAAAGAUGGGGUUGCACACUGUUCGUGAAUUUUCCGGAGCUAAAUUAAAUAGUAUUAUAAUAUUCUUUUUGGUCAUUAUUUACUUUACCAUAUGUGUAUUGCGCUGUGCUUACUCUUGUCCAUGUUUAAAUAAUAAUAAAUCUUAUUUGUUCUAUUAUGCUAUUUUUUUUUUGCUGAACGUUUAGAAUGAAUUCUCUUAUUAUCUCCUAGAGACUUGAAUCUAACUUUAUAUGAUAUAGUAAAAGCAAUUGAAUGCUUACGCGCUGCUACGUUUUAACAUUAUUUACCAAAAGAAGAAGAAGAGAAAACCAAAUAACGGUACUUUAAAGAAGACAUUAAAACAAGAAGAACCAAGGGAUGCAAAUACUCUACUAAAAGACUGUCAUUCUUUGUAUGUUUGAAGAAUUUAGCAAUUAGAAAGUACGAGUUGGAAACUUACUUAUUUUUGGGUGGGAUAAACAUAAACACUUGUUCUACGGGGAUAUAUGAGAAAUAUCCGCAGGAGGGCUAGAAUACACUGUGCUGUUCCAAGAUGUAAUAUUUUGGAAGCAUAUACACUUAAUAACAUAGGGAAUCUUAAAUACUAUCAUACAGCAUCAGAAUCGGAAUAUGAACGAUUGGAGAAUGGAUAUUGCCGGGACGACAUAGUAUUGAUCGUGCUUUCAGAUGGAUAACAGUACAAGGACAUCCUGUGGAGAGUGGCGAACGAAGUAAACUAGUGGGAAAUCCUUUUGCAAACGAAAAACGAAAAAGACAUCAAUUUCUAUACGCGCACACCAACCGCACUCGCACUAUGCAAUUGAGUUUACGCAAAUCACGCACGUGGACGCAAUUGCGUGGUGUGGUAAAGUGAAUGAUGAUAAGGAAAUUAUUAUGAAUGUGGUUCUGAUGCAUCAGUGAAUAGAGUGAUAAGAAUAUUGAUCGUGCUACUACCAUAGCUUUCACACGGUAUCGUGCUGUGUAACUGCAUGGCAAAGGAUAGUGUAAUGCUAGAGCCAACAGCACUGGAAAGAGACUAGUUGUAAGGAAAUGAGAUUUCAGCUGUUUGCACCAGAGUGAGUUUGCAUCCUGCUACCUAACUAAAUACGUGCAGCAGUGAUGGUUUCCGACGAAGGCAAAGUGCAGUUAGUUCAGCAUUACUUGAGCGCAAAUAUUCGUAAACAUUUUGCGUCCUUAGGCGGGGAACAACAAUAUAAAACAACAAUCUACACACAUACAUGCACACACACACAUACAUAGAUACACUACUGUCUGUUAGAAUGGGCGCUAGCAGGCGUGCGCAUGAUGUAUAGUUGCGGUGGUACACGAGUGUGCGAUCGGCGAUGUGUCGACAUUGAUAUGAGCGCAAGGAACGAGAAAAAACUAUUUGCAAAUAUGAUCGAAUUGUAUGUUAGAAUGCUAAAAAUGCCAAAUAACCAUAACACUUCUCUAUUAGUUACUAGAGAAAGAUGGAAAGUGGAGCAACAAACUAAACAUAAUCACAAUCAUUAAACAUUUCUCGGUUUUUUGGAUGAACGGUAUUACGAAUAUUAUGAUUAAUAUUAUCAUUAUUAUAUUAUUAUUACUAUUAUUAUUAUCAUUACUCCUAUUGCUAUUAGAAUUAUACUCAUUAUUGAUAAUGCAUAUUUCGGAAGAAAACAAUGUCAAAGUGUGUUUGUUCGUCGUCUUUUUGCGAAACAAUAGAAAACCCACGCAACUCGUGCGAGAUAGAUGGGGUAGCGUUACUGUUAAAAACCCAAAGCAAACCCAAUGUGACUUCUUCAAGCCAACAGAACAAUUAGAAGAAGAUAUGAAGAAGAAGAAAAGAAAAACAGCAAUGAAUCCAACCAACUAAGUGCGGGGGCUGUUUGUUUGAGAAAGCACAUUGAGUAGAACUAUUUUCCGGUGUUUGCUGUUUUAUCCGUCAGGAAAUAGUGUUCGGAAAGGGGAAAAGAAGAGGAAAUAGAAAGACUGAAGUGAAAGUCUUGCUUUUGAACUGACGCCGCCGUCGCUGCUGUCGGUCUGUGUGCGGCGUAAAGUUUGUUUCCGAAUGUAAAACAUUAACCAAUUCUAGUCUUAUCGCCAUCCACAUGAAUAUUGCCAAUAUGGCUUUAGUGUAGUAGUUGUCAUUAUCAUUAACAUAACCAUCCCUAUCAUCUCCAUCGUACUCUAAUGAUAAUCAUCAUCAUCAUCGUCAUCAUCAUCGUCAUCAUGAUCAUCAUCAUCUCAGAGUCAUUUCACCAAUAAAAUCGCACACACUACACACUACUGGCUGUCUCAUAUACAUCACAUGUUUGUUUUUCCAUGCUUUUUGCGUUCGUUGUAGUUUGUACCUUUAACAUUUGCCAACUCUUCAUUCCUUCACACAUCCAUCACGCGUUUGAUUCAUUUCUUUCUGUUAUGGUGGUGCGUAUGCGUGUUUCUAUGUUUUCCACUGAUCAAGCUCAUACGUAUUAUCUCGAUCGUCAUCGUAAGAUCCGUUUUCAGACCACGUUAUCGUUGCACGCGUUUUUGAACGAAUACUUGUUACGGAAGAUCGACAACUUCCAAUGGCCGAUGUCGGAAAGAUGGCGGACGUUGUAACCAAAGACUAUCCUGUUGAAAAUUGCACUUAGAAGAAGAAAAAAAAACACACAUUCGGCGAAUGAUCGCAUUCAUUCGAACCAAGGUGCUAGGAUCAUUUGGAAGUAAGAGUAAUGAAGUCAUUAAAAUGAAUUGUUAUUGUAGUUAGGUUUCUUUCGAUGAUCUUUAUGGUGAGAUUCGGAUUGUUCAUUUACAUUAUCUGCCGGUAGUCUUUUUAAUUUAUCCAAUACCAGGACCUUAAGCCAAAGGCCUGUGAUACUUCGUCAGCGAUAUGCGACGUUUCAUUUUCCACUCUGGACGCCGCGGGGUCCUAUAGGGGAACAGUUUUAUAUUACAUAUUACAUUUGAUCGUUUUCUGAGAUCUUCCGAUCGAGUACAUCGAAUGAAAAUCGAAAGAACAAAUUACAAGCCAACUUUUGCUACGCAUGAAAGCGAGGGGGGAAUCACUUUAAAAAGGAUGUGUACGCCAUUCAUUGAUCGGUAAACGUGCCGCCCCCAUCGUUUGCGUGUAUGGAGUAUGUAGAGGGUUUUGUUUUGUUUUUUUUUUGUUUUUUGGCAUGCAGCUAAAACGUUGGUUUUGUGAAACGUCUCCAUCCAGCCACUAUAAGAAAUGAAAUGUUAUACGCUUGAUAUGAUGGGGUCAAUCUGUCGGACAGACCGAGGAAUGUCGUAAGCAUAUUUUGUUGCUGCUAUCAUGUAUCAAAUGUUUGGCAGAACAGUGAAGCAUGUGUUGUAAAGCGUUUGUCUCGUAGAAGUAGUUCCAAACGUUAUACCGAUAAUGAAAUUAGGCACACGAAACAAUCAUAUUAUAAAAAAAACUGCAUUAUAUACAGUAUACACAACAUAACUGAAGCUGGGCAAGACGGGAAAAUGAAAUGAUAUGUUCUUUUUUGGGGUAUAUGUGUGUGUAUGAGAAGGUUAAAGAAAUAUAACGAAAGCAUACUCAAUAAUACACGUGCAAACAAUACAAGCCAAUGUUCGUUGAUAGAUCGUUUUGCCGAUGGGUGAGGUGGUUAAUUUACCAUUUUCUGAUUUUAUUAUUACUAUCGCGUAGUUGUGAGCUGAGGGACGUAUAAUCAGCUGGAAGGAAGAAGGCACAUUUUGGGAGGAAAAAAAAACUCCAGGCACAAGUAACUGUUCCUAGGAAGACAACAAUUGGCGGGAUUGUGAGCGAACGCUGUGGGAAUGUGAAACAUUAUACUAAAGAAACAUACAACAUAAAUAACAUUAUAUAUACAACAUACAUAUAUUUUUGUAUUCACGAUUUCAAACAAACAAACAAACAAACAAAUGGAGUGAAAAAAUGUAGCAAUGCAAACUUUACGCAAAACUCUACUUAACAACAUUCUCCGCCCCACCCUGGUCUACUCCUCAUCUCUGUACAUGAAUGUAAGCCAAAUCGAUUUUCCAUUCACAGAGAACCAAACACAGGAAAACAAUAAAAACACUCGCAAUCUUGAAAGGAAGCAUAAGUCGAGCGCAGGAAAGAGGAUGCGCGCAUGUAUGGUGCAACUAGAGUGUCAGCGUAAAGAUCAGCGCUCUACGAAUAUAUUUGGAAGGAAAAGCAUCGCGUGAAAUGGAGAAGGGCAGUUGGAACGAUAAUUUCUACUAGUUAUAAAUUACUCCAUUUGUACGCACGGAUGCAAUUUUAAAGGGAAACUAACCUGGAAGGAUGUUCACGUUGUGCUACCGAUGUUAGAUUGUUGUGACACAGAGAGACAAGCAAAUGCAAAUAAUGUAUUGAAUGUAAUCCGAUUCUUUGGGCAGCAAAACGAACAGCAAAACAGCGCAUUUUAUUGGGUUUCUACACAUUUUUACGCGGGAUGGUGAUACAUCGAUUGUGUCUUCAGCUGCUUUUUUUUUUCAUCAUAUUGGAAUCAGAUCAGAACGCGGAGGAAAGGGGGGAAACACAUGAUAGCUCUGAUAACUUGUUUAGGGAAUUUAUCUACUUUACUCUAAGGGGAAAUGAAUUCAGCCAGACCCGUUGUACAACGCAAAGGAUAAUACUCGGCAAAAGCUCGGGUAGUAAUGUGAAAUGUAGCAGACAAACAAUCUUACAUGCAAAUUUAAUUCUAACCGCUGAAAUCACAUACACACACACAUUUACAUACAAAGACAAACACAAACACGACAAGAAGUGCUGACUUUUUUGUUUCACCUUAAUUAAAAUGAAAUGUUUGUUUGUGUGAUAUCAAAAGUACUUGUGCUGUUUUGACCGCACAAAAAAAGGCCAGGUGCAUGUAGGAGCAAGCAUCGUAUCAUCUAUGCAAUUAUUUAAUUGCAUUUAAUAUGCUCCCGGCGUCUCUCCAGACCGUUACCAGAUAUCCAUCCGCGCACUCUGAGAUGCGUGAGUGUGCGCGAGCUUUCGGUUUCAUCUAGCCCCAGUUUAACAGCGGGGCGGUGUAAGGUGACCGACCAAGCAGGCAUGGCAGACCAAGCAGGGUAGCAGGGUGGCUGGUAAGCUGGCUGACUGGCUGGCUGGCUCGCUUUCAAGAUUGGCCCAGACUUGCUCUCGUAACGUUAUGUAAUGCAUGAAUUGCAUGAGCCGCGCCGCGCUGUGCUUUUGCACAUAACUGAGACCCCGACCCAGACGAAAGAAAGCACACAUUUCUUCGAUAUAUGUGUCAUGAUAUCACUUUCCUCUUUCACCAAUUUUCUCGUCUCGCCUUUCUCCCGGUUUCCUUGCACCAUUGGCGGGAGGAUGGGAGGAAGCAAAUGGAACGAAAAUGAAUCGGGGCGAGCAGUGGUAGGCUGGUGCUGCUUUGCCUUUGGUAUACCUCUCAACCAUCGGCAGCAAGAGUCUCCUUGUGGAAUGAUAAGUUUGUGGAACACGCGCGAUAAUCGAUGGUGUCCGAGUUUUGUUUACAUUUAUAUCUGACAUGUGAAUAUUUGAUGUUUGUCUACAAAAAAGCGAACAACGUUUGUCUAUUUGGCACUGUCCGAUAGCUGGUCCCCCACAACACAGGCUAAAUGGGGCUGAUUCAAACACCGUUGCCUUACUUAUCAAUCAAUCCUCCCAACCGUCCUUGUGAGCGUUCCUAUCUGUGCAGGUUUGCCUCCUCACCCUUUGCCUAAGAGGUUCGUUGAAGAGGUUCUUAUAUCUUCUCUUUGAUAACUUUUUUCGCUUUCUUCGUACCGUGUUGCCUAUGAGGUUCAUUGAUAUACGGAGCAGAACGUAACACUUUUUUCCGGCUCAUCGCCAACAGGCCACUGAGAAGAAGGGGAAGAAGUAGAGGAGAUACAGAGGGGGGGUGAGCGCUGCAUGGCAAAGAUAUUGGGGCCAAACGAGAGUGGUGGUACUGCUGCAACAAGUUAAACUACUUUACGUUUCCUCCCCUAUCAUGACCCAACACACCCACGGGUCUCUGCUCAUCGUCAUCAUCAUCGUGUCCAGCCCAAAGGCGAGAGACCUAAGGCUGAAUGCGUAUGCGUGAGCUAAACGAGAGUACAACACGGAAGAGAGAUGAGAUACAGCAAGAAAGAAAUGGGAGUAGGCUGUUCAUUUUGUUUUUCUCAUCUUCCCUUUUCCAUUUCACUCUUGCUCACAUUCUAAUCCUGUUGGCCACAUUUCACUUUCUUCCCGGGUUUCUUUCAGCCGUGUUUGGUGGGUGCUGCUUCGGAUAGUGUUUGUUUACUUUAUUGUCCAAUGUUUACUACCUUUUUCUGUUAUUUCUCUAUUGCCUCAAUCAUCUUGCCCAAUAUUGAAAAGCAUGGCCGAGAUUUUAUCAUGUUUUCCAGUGAAAGACACUCACAGCCCAAGAGGUAAAUGCGUCGAUUCCGGUAAAUCCAAUUGUUGAUAGUUUUCGAUUACUUGGCAGAUAUGUAAAAUUAUACAAUGAUGAUAACGUGAUAAUUGUUUCGCAAAAAAAAACAUUAUCCUCCAUAAACCACACAACACGUUUGCACCAACAACAAAAAACAGAGUUAUUUAAGGCACCGUGGUCGCCCACCACCGAAACAGCUCCAUGCCUGACAGAGGAUAAAUUUCCGCAUCAGCAAAAGAGCCGUGCAUAGGUGGUAGCGUGUCGCGCCGGUUAGCAACCUUCUUGGGCGUUUUCUUUGCCGUUCGUCUAUUCUUGUUUAUCCCCUCGUUCGAACACUAUGCGUUGUCACACAAGUGAGCCCCAUUGCCAGCCAUCCAGCAAAUGCCCCGAACGAAUGUUUUUUUUUCUUCUUCCAGUGAUAGACUGGCUUUUGCGUGUUGGUGGUACCAUUUUCAAACAGUGCGCCACCGCCGCUCGCGCCACCUUUCGAAUGCAUGGCGUUGCCGUUUGUUGAUGAAACCGAAAUCUGUUACCAGGCCAUGUGGGUAUGGCGCGAAUUUGUGUGUCUUUUUUUUGUGCAUGUUAAAUGUGCAAUGUGCAGUGUAGGUCUUGGGGUGUUUUUUUUUCUUUCUUUUCUUGCCUGGUGCCUCCCGGUGGUGCCUCGGAAAAGAAACGUACGUAUUACGUACGCGUUGCCAAACGGCAAAAGUCGGGCUACGUGUGUGACUGUCGCUGGAGUUGGAUUAUUAUUUGCACUCGCGUCUUUCGUGUGUCGGCUGGCGACUGGCGGCUCGAACCUCACGUUCUUAAGCGGUUUGAACGGGCGUGUGUGCGAACGGCAUAAGCUCAGGCCUGGGGCGGGCUGUUUGCUGCACUCCUGUUGAGCACUGUGUGUCCAUGCUUUUGGGGUAUACAUUUGAAGGGAGCGAAAUGGAAACCAAAUGGCACGCGGUUGAGUGUUUUUAUUGGGCCUUAUUUUACUAUUGAAGAUCGUUUUCUGAUAAUGCCCCCGAUCAUGGUGGAUUUUGUUGGUCUGCAAUGAAAUUUGGCCUUGAAAAGUUGCAUCUUUUUAUCAGCUGGUGAGAGGGUACAAUAGGCAAACGAUACUUUCUCGCAAAAUAUUGCAUCCCAAAAACGCCACUUACGGCUAGCAUUAAUAUGUUGCUCCCUCCCCCCCAAACCCGUUCUUGCAAGUUUUCAUUGAUAAAAGAAUAAGCAUGAUGAAACAUGCUGUUACUACUUCGGUGGACGAUCAGCUGUGAUGCGAUCAGGUUUUUUCGACCAGCGCUACGAAAAAAAAGAACUUAUGGAAUAUCCAAUGCAAACCGGUUUCCAACACGUAGAAACAUGUUUAUAGAAAUGUGUGUAUAUGUGUGUGUGUGUGUGGGGACGUGUAUGUUGGCUGGCGUUUCCGGCAGCUGCGUUUAACUGGCUUUAAUUUAUUGAAGCUUCUUCAAAAUAGUUUUUGGGAGAUGUUCCACUCUUUGAUAGCACAUGCCAAAAGCAUAUCCGUACUCCAUUGAAGAGUGGCACCAAACAUCCAUAAACGGAAGAAAAUUCACUCAUGCCAUUGGAUACAGUAAAGCUGUUUUAAACACGUUUGCCAAACUCAUCGAUUGUUAAAAAGUAACCUCCCCCCCCCCUCUCUCUCCCCGAGCUCCUCCACUUCAUUACAUUCACGCAUUGAAAAGGCAAGCAAACGCCAAACUAUGUCAUCUACGUUACGUGAACUUGAACUAGCGGUUUACAUUCGUUUGUUGCGAAAAACCGCGUGGUGCGGUGGUGCGCACAUUUUGCACGCGCGCACCCUGACCGCGCGAGCACGAUAUUUCCGCUUCGCGCGAGGUUUUUUCGCGCGCAUUUGUGUGUCUUUUUUUUCACGCCGCUCUCGAGAGCUGCUCCACGUUGUGUCACAACACUGUGUGCGUGCGUUUAGAGCACACGCUGCUGCUAAUGCGGGGUGGCACGAGAUGCUUUUUUUCCUUUCCUAUUUAGCGGGAGGGAGGGGGGGGGGGGUGUAGUAAAGCGAGAGCGGGAGUGCUCAUGUGUAACGAGCACCACUCUCUGCGUGCGGACGAGAACGCCUGCCAUGAGCGACGACGCGUGUGGUGGGGUGACCCUGUGUGUGGUAUGGUGUAGCCCCUGCGAUCCACGAUGGACCACCGUCGGCAGGGCGGCAGCAGCAGCAGCACCCCAUGGUCAUCCGGUUUCGUUUGUUUGUCGCCUUGUUAUACACCCAUCGCAUCAUCUCGCAAUGCGAUUGACCGGAAUCGUCCCUGGUCACACACUCGCGCGGGGUUUUGCGCUUUGUUUCAAAUCCGCUACCGGUUCGGCGACAGUUGAAGGCGGCACCCGAUUCAAAGUCGCUGCUUCGAAGGGAAUCUGUGUGCAUUUUUUGGUGUUGUUGUUGCUUUACUGCAGCGUGGUUUACUGUCCAGCAUUUCUCGCUGACAAGCAUUAACCACCCCAUCAUCUUGCGUAUGUGUGUAAGGGUGAGUGUGCACCAAAGCACGCAUACAAGCGCGCACCGGCCGGUCCGUCGUAGCAUACGGAAUCAUUCACCUUCGAUUGCUGGCGUGCGCGCGCGUGUCGCUGACCUGCAUCAAGUCUGCUGGGACGCGCGUCCCAUGUACGUACAGAGCGCGACAAGCUACGCACGCUUUUUGUCUUGCUUGCGCUCGCGCGCGCUCCCGCUAAUCCACUGUCUGUCGCCGAGCCGCGGGACCGGAUGGACCGGAGAACCGCGUGCGCGAAGUUAAUUCUGGUUCUCGCGGUGGGGGGGAUUACUUGGUGUAAUUCUUCGUGAUUUUAUUUCAACCCCAAGUUCGCGUCUCAUCCGAUGCGGAAGAGUGGCGCGCGCAGUUGGUAUACAUAUGCGAGAGCAGAGCGAAGAGGAGGUUCAGGUGGAAGGAAGCUCGGUUAAGUGUACAUGUUUGGAAUCAUUUUCCCAUCGCUAUCGCGCCACCGAUUGGGCAGAGGAGUGAGUGAUCGCGGCUUCUAAGAUCGCCGUGUAUUUUCUCCCUUUUGCUUUCCGUUUCUCUCUCUCUCUCUCUCUCUCUCUCUCUCUCUCUCUCUAUCUCUCCUUCGCUCGCUAGCUAUACGGCAGGCUGCUUACGAUACGGAUAAACCCCAGGGAAUGGAAGGCAGAAUGGUCCAAACCAGAAUAUAUAAUCCAUAACAGAGAUCAUCGUACUGUGUGAAAUCGAAAUGAAAGGAAGCAGCGCGUUUUAUCCUCGCACUUCCACGCGUUCUCGUGGACCGCGCGCACAUUUUCAACCAACACCAAACACACACACGCUCGGUAGAGAAAACGUUGGCACGUUCGUUGGUGUGUGAGUUUAUUGGUUUACAUGCUGCUCCAGCUAUAUAUAUUGUGUGCUGCGCACUGCCCCAGUGUGUGGUGGCUUCCAAUACGCUUUCGUUCCAGCGUGUUGAUUCGAUUCACCCUUCGCUGCCUGAGCGUCGCUUCGCAUAUUUCCUUUUUAUGUGGCUAACGACUUUACCAGCACACUUGGCCCCGCGAGCACCAUCACCGCCACCCGAGAACCUGAUGUGCAUUGGAUGAUCGUGAUGGGGCGCGAGAAUGAUCGAGUGUAAAAUUUGAUGGAAUACAUUCCUUCGAGGCCCGGUUCUCACUUGGCCUCGGUUGCUCCAGUAGAGUUGGUGUUAGUUUUUUUUUUGUUGUAUGUUGCUUUCCCUCGAUCCUCCAUUUUGGGGCGUAUAUGAUCGUGGUGAAAGGAAUGAAGAUGCGCUCGCAGCGCUCACAUGCACCAGCACCGCCGCGUGUGACUGGAAGCAAAGAACAGACCAUAACAUGGGUUCGAAAUUUUAGAACGUUUAUACUAACAUCGAGCGAGCGGGAGGGAGUAUCUCUUCUUGGUUUGGCAACUCUUUCUUGCCUGUGCAGAAUGCCUGGCCUUAUGUUGGCCCCCCCAUCGUAGCUCAAUUUCAUGAAAGCAAGAACAUUUUAUCGUUCCCAUUCCUCCCCCAGUUUGGAAUCAAAUUUCCCUUUCACUAAUGUUUUAAUCGUCGUACUUACUUCCUCACUUGGUUGCUGUUGAGUAAAGACCUAACGCAGCGCCGUUGUGAGUGUGGGACUGUGCCAUAACUAACCCUCAGAACGACGGAUGAAACGGGGUGAUAAAUACACAUAACUAUGUACGAGCGAGACAGCAUAAAUUAAAAAAAAAAAACACGUCUUCUAAAACACGACUUCCCACAUGGGCGGAGGGUGAGAAGAAAUAUUUUCUAUUUUUGGCCAUAUCUUGGAGCGACAUACUGUGCGACAUAGUCGAGGCUGGUGCGAUGCUGAAUACGCAGGAAGCGCAGCAUACCCCCAUGCUCUGCUGCACUGCUCUGUUUGGGUAUGUUUUGUUUAAGAAUGCACUACUACGAAGGGAUUAUUAAUUACGCAGCGAUUCAAUUACAUAUCUCCGUAAAGAUUGUUUCCACAGCAUAAGUAUGUUAAUUGAAUGCACUUCACUUUCGAUAACACAAUAAGCGAAAGCAUAAUUCAGAACAUAACAACCCGAUACCGUACACUACACGGACAGCAUAAAUACACACACUGACGCGCAUUGUAUUGCACAAAUUUCAAAUCAAAACACACACACUAGCAUGCUACACGAAGGAAAAGGAAAUCAAAUGAAACUCACAACACCAACAACACCACCACCACCACCAUCGCGCGCGCACAUCAUCUCGAUGAGUAAAACGGUAUUUUUCUCGCGUUGCUUUUAUCAGGUGAACUUAGCGUAGUUGGAAAACAUUUUGAGAAUAUUAAAAACUCUACAAAAAAAAACAACAACACCAUUCACGACGAUGUCUGUGCGGAAGAUGAUGACGCAGGAAGGGAUGUAGCCGCAUAACUAUUAGGGAAUCUGGCGCAUCGGUCGCCGGCGGUUCCGGUUGGCCGGUGGGCCAGAAACACGAGGGAGCAAAUCGCAAAGGAAAUUGCAAAACACUGAAAUAAAUCAACAUGUAAUUCCGAUGGUCAAUUAUAUUUACUCUAGUGACGUUUUAAAACAAAAAAUAUCCAAACAAUCCGUAAACAGCAUUUACGAUGGUAAAACAGGAGAUCAAUUCAUCAAACGAAACAAACGUAGCAAACUCAUCGUUUAGCAAGACACACAGGUACACGAGUAAGGUAUGUUAUUGCAGACGCGCGCAUUGAUCGUAGGGCGAUCGCACACUAUUAGAAACGUUGUGCAACCAUUGUCGUGUGUGUGUGUGUGCACAUAUAACGCGAUUGCCAUGUUCGUUACAUGAAUCUUGACUAGCAGAUUCAUCUUUUAAAGGGGUAGCCAGUAAUGUUAAAAUUCUCAUUAUUAAAAUCUGCAUGAUUCAACUGUAGCUUACCGAACCGUGUGCUCGUAGUUAGUCCCUCGCCGAAGACAGAAGGAGCGCAACCAUACUUCUGCUUGACAUAUUUAGUGUGUGGUUAAGCAUGAGCCAGGUUCUUGUUUAGCACGUGUUGACGGUGGUCGAAAGAAAUAACAGGAAACUCAAUGAAUCAAUGAACAUAACAAGUCACACACGGACACACACACACACUCAUAAACCAAAGCACUGACGAUUAAAGUCACACUAAAUGGGUAGUGAAGAUCGGCUCAAACAUUUUAAACGAAACUUUAAUACAAGAAGCAAAAGAGCAUGAAUCUGUCCCCGCAUCAGUAUGGGACUUCUCUGCAUUCUAACAUCAAUCAAUCAAUCAACAAUUCCGUGUAAAAUAGUAUUGUUAAAUUUUGAAACCAAAAAGGAAAACUCGAAAACUUCAAGCUGGUAAAGUAAAAUACAUAUCUUGUGGAUCACUUGUUGAACAUUUACAUUCAUGUUGUUACUAACGGGAGAUGAGGAUAAAAAUAAAAAACAAAAACGAAUGAAAAUCAAGUUGGAGGCAAAAAAUAUGAAGCGCAUAUGUACGGUAUAAAUGGCCAGUGUAAUGGUGUACAGAGCAGUGUUGUUGGUCUCCCGACUGUACACGUUGUAAAACCGAACGCUAAUAUUAGCUGUGUCAUUAGUGUGCAAACUGUGGCGAAAAAAUAGAAGGACAUGAUGGUAUUGCUUUUGUUUACAAACCCGAAUUUGAUAUAGUUUGUUGGAAUGCAAUAGGCUUGGAAGGCAAACACAACAUUUAAAACUCAGUUUAUCGCAGCUUGAUCGAAAUUCGUCGCCACAGUUACUUACACAGAUAUAAUGUGGCUCGGUUCUCGCUAGAGUCGAUCAAUCCCAAUGUUUACCACCGAAACUUUGCACAAAAGCGUAAAUUGAUCCAUCUACUUUGCAUCCACAGGGACAGUGGCUGGGAGUGUUCGUUUGAGUUUCAUCUCGGUGAUUUUUUUGUUGUAUUUAUUACCUCACUGAAGUUUAUUGUGGAAUUUUGGCAUCAAGCCGAAUAUUUUGGAGUGCAUGCUACACAUGAUUUAAACAACACACUCACAACAUGAAGCUCCAUUUGCCGCGGAGCGGGAGAUGGAAACAGAUAACCACCUUUCUAAAGAUAUGGAAAACUUACCCCGCCAAUGAACGACGACUUAUUACACUCCCCGGGGAGUAUGUAGAAGAGUGUACAUAGCGAACACAAACAACAGGAUAUCUAAUGCAUUACCCAAAACACGAUGUUAUACAAGAUUCAUUGCAAAUGAACCAUGUUACUUCCGUUUUCUAUUCUUCCAAAACGAGUGGCGAAUGAUAACAGAUCUACAGCGAUCCUUUCUUGAACCACAAAAAGAUGAUAAUCGGCAAUAUGAACUCGAACCGCCUCGGCGCGAAACAAGCAAGGUGUUGUGAAAAAGGUAGCGCCAGAGUUCGAUCGAACGACAUACUGAUCCACAAUUCGCAAUUCGUGCUAUGAAUUUAAUAGCAUUACAUGCGAACAAAUCAAUAUUACUACACCUUCCGAUACCAUUUGCUAGCAAGGUGGUGCAGUAUUAGUGUAACACAGGGUGUGUAGGAUCUAUAUAACUUGCAGUUCUGUGUGGUUUUUGUCAGCAACACAUUAACACACACAUACCACGAACAUGCAGCCACAUACAUUCACACUGUUAUACACACGUGCAUACACGGAAAUGGGUGUUUGAAAUGAUAUUGACUAUGAAUGAAUUGUUACAAAAUGUAUUUACCUAAUACGAUUGGAAAUUAUUGACUAGCAUUUCUCGUCCGGGAACAAUUUUUUAAUCAUGCCAGCAAAAUUAUUGAAAAAAAAGAAAUAGAAAACCAAAAAAAGUCCUAUUGAAGUAAACAAUGAAAAAGAAAGAGAAAAACACACAAAAAAAUAACAAAGAAUCAUUUCAAAGUGUUAUUAUCUAUACUGGAGGGAAUAUUGGCCGAGAGAGAGAGAGGAACUUAAACAGACGAAUGCACUCUGAAUUAUCCAAGGUGUGUGAAAAUGAUAUAGUGGUGCGGCUUUGGAUUGUUCGGCUAAUUUUAAAUAUUCUCUCCUUGGGGAUUAGACAAAACCCAACCAUAAUCACGAAGUUAGGGAAUUUUGUAGAUCUUUCCAUACGUUGAUCAAUGUUUUUAGAGACGGUUAGAGACGAGGAGCGAGGAGCGUUAAAAAAGUCAUUUACGAUUUGCUUAUUCUGGCAGCUGAUACUAAUGAAGUCGUCACCAUUCGUCGAAUCAGAGAGAGAGAGAGAGGGCGAAGAAAUUGAAGGACUGCUGCGGCAUACGGAAUGGGAUGAACACACAUUUUUGAUUCUCGCACAGCAGCACAAUGCAAUACAAGAAGGAAAAAUCUAGACCGAUACCGACAAACUCAUUCGAACUAGACAUUCUGCUGUAGUGUGAGGCCGGAUAAUAGUGUCAUAAAAUGCACACAGAUAAGUAACAGUUAAGUCUUACAGUUUUCUGUUCAGGGUUUAGCUACGUAUGUGUAUGUGUGUGGUAUGUCUGUGUCCAUAUAUAUUCUGGGAGAUGGGAAGAUGUGCCGUUUUUUGCAAUAGUUUCCCUGUUGCCCUGCAGCUAAGGACAGCACUUAUUUGAACAAUUGUUUGAUACUUUUUAAGAGUUGUUCUUAUGUUCUUUCCAGCAUAAGAACAAGGUGUGUAGGAACAGCAAAAUACAAUACAAUGUUGCUGUUGUAUACCGAUCAAGGCAGUGCAUAAUCUAUGCAAUCGCUGCAAUCAAACUCUGUUAAGUUAUGUGUCUUUUGGAGCAAGAAAGGAUACUUACCAAAUUAAUGUCCUUUCGUAGUUUAACGGUGGUGAUAUGAUUAAGCAUAGCAACAAACAGUACAGCUCUCUCUCUCUUUUCUUGAACUUUCCCAGUAACUGUGUUGCGAAGAUAAAAAAAAAUAAACUGUCAAUUACUAAAACACAAUGCUAGACAUGUAUAAAUGUCUUGAAAUUGGUGUAGGGAAUAAAUAUAGGUCCUAAUAUUUAACAUACAUAUACACAGCAACAUACAGUAUCUAUCCAUUCAAACACACCCAUUCUACAAGCCAUGUUAUUGUACACCAAAUCAAAUCGUUGCCAGGAUAAGAGAACAAGACUUUCGAUAGUGUGUUUGGACUUUAGCAACGCGUUUAGAACUAGUAGUAAACCGGCGAAUAGGCAAAAUGGGCAAACACAAACGGCUUUAUUUUUGCUGUAUUUUUUCCCAAAUACCGCUUCUGGUAUUGAGUGGAUCAAUCAAUCAAUCAUGAAAUCCCAUUCAGAAUGGGAUGUUCUUUGAAAGAACGGAUGCUUGGGUUUUACUUCAGCUUAUAUGCACAAAUGUGUGUGUUUUUUUUAUCGAAUUGCUUAGCACAGCUCUGCUGCUGAGAACUUAACACACAUACGCAAACUUAAUAUUGCAAUAAACUAAACAUGACGUGCUGUUCAGAUGAAAGACGCACAGUACGCGGCACAAAUGGAACAGAAACAGAUAACGUACGUGCCGUCAUUUACUUCAUCCUGCGCAAACACGUGACAUCCUAAUAUACAGAGCCUGCCAAAGGAGUUCCACGCCGCUGCUGUCCCCUCGCCAAGGUUUGACAUAUUUGUACGAAGCAUACCAGCAACGUUUAACGUAGAAAGCGAGAGAGAGAGAGUGAGGGACGCAGAUAAUACGUAAUGGAAUAACAUAAAUAUGAUAGCUUGAAUUUUUACUGCGCUUACAACACAAUGGCUGCUAACAAUAAUAUCAUUAUGACUAUUUAUUAGGCGUAUAAGUUGCUUGCCCGUUUCAUAUAUAGCUUGCACAAACGUUCUCUAUCUCUCUUUUUUCUCGGACGAUGAGAAAACAAAAAGGACCAAAUCACUUUUCUACUCUGUCCCCACUGUAGGUGUACCACAACUUAAACAAUCCAAGAUGGUGGUACAAGUGGAAGGGAUUCUUUCGGAUUGAUAUUGUUUUAGAAUUGUGAAAACCGAAGAAGAAGAAGAAAAAAAGAUGACGGACAGUGGCACCAAACGGGAUGUAACGGAGGUGUGCCUAGAGUGUUGAAUUGAAUUUACGUAGUGAAAUAAAAUGUUGUCGUAGAGAAUAAAACAACACAUAACACUUAUUUGACACAGGAACAACCUGCUCUAGUGUAGCGGGAGGAAGAUAGUCCAUUUAAUAAUGGGCUCUUAAACAUAGUAAUAAAACACUCACACUCUUAAAACUACCGACACAAAACACGCACACAUGGCAACAGAAUCGACGGCAAUGGGAAAAUCAACAACUAUUUGAAAUCAAGAAUAAUCAUCAACUGCAACAAUAAUAAGUAAACUAUAACGAUAAACUAAAUCAAUAAACAAAAAUAUCGUAUAUUAACACUGUUACUUGAUCUUUUUACACCAUCUCGAAAUGUUUGAAGGUUUUUAGUGGUUACAAAAGCUCUUAGUAAUAUCGUAGUGAGAGUGUGUGUGUGUGUGCAUAGACGAUAAAUGUAAGCCAAACUUGAUUGCUGAUGUUAACGAGAAAAGGUUCCCCGUAAUGGGUCUGCAAAAGAUGGUGAUGAUGAUGAUGAUGAUCAUGAUGAUUACGAAUGAAGGUGAUGAUUAUUGUAAGGAUUGGUGGGCAGAGUUGUGGGAGAGGAUAUUGCAUUCUAAAACAAUACCGACGAAGAAGGGAAGACGGGAGGUGUGCAGGAGGGGAGCAAGAAGGGAAGGCAACGUAAACGGUGAAUUUGCAAACUGAAUGUGCUAAAAACUAUGGGAAUCAAUUAUUUAUCGCAUGCCGCAAACUGUAAAGGAUUAAAGGUUGUGUGUUGAGCGGAUGAAGAGGAUGGCGGAGAAGCGCAGUUUGACGCCGUAACGCACUUACGGUGUGCGCGAACUGUGCAGCGAAUGCACUACUAAAACUGACUAAGAAUGCAAUCGAAAGCAACAAAAAAAGGGAAAAACGAGCAAAAAAAAAUGUUAUAAAUCUUUUUAUACUGUUGACUAUUUUCAGUGGACUUUCGCAAUCGCUAUACAAUCAGCAGCAGGUAAAGAGAGAGAGAGAGGGGGGUGAAACAUACAAGUAGGAUGAUGCAAUGAAAGUUACUAAAAACCUAAAACCCAGAGAGAGAGAAGAAAAAACGAGCACGUGUACGAGUGAAAUUGUAAUGCCAGACAAUGUGAUGAAUAUUGCUGUAAGAGAGUGCCGGCUCGAAAGUACAUCCCAGCACCGGCGAUUGGUUCGCAUUCUGGCGGCAUGUCGUUACUAAACAAUGUCCUUUUUGUCAUCGUUUUGUCUUUUAUAAAAUGCACCUGUUUACUAAACUAAACAAAAAAAUACUUAUCAACUAAAAAAAACACACCUACACAUACAUUUGUUAAACACUUUAACGCACAACAGUCCAUUUCUGGUGGGGAGAAACGGACCUGGGAACGGCAGUACAGCAGGAAACAUGGUCCAGCUAGUAAGCAUUUUCAAAUUGUGCUGUUUCUUUACGUUGCCUAUAAUCAUGAAACGCUUUCCAGGACCUACAAUACUUUUUGUUUGGUUUUCGCGUUUUAUCAAGGAAAAAAAAGCAAUCUCCACAAUAAGUGUUGUGUGAAUAUUCUCGUUUUUGUUGCAAAAGUAGCAACACAUUACAUUAUUGUCUGUUAUAAUUUGAUACAUCACAAACACUCCUUCCUGUUGCUAUAUUACGUUCGAUUAUGACUAGCAAACAGCUUUCUUAACGUUGAUCUUCAAAUAACACGUUCCGUUAGCUACCAUUACUAGAUCUCCCUCACUCACAUCAACAGUGAGACAUAUUUAUACGGAAAUGGUUUCAAUCGUCUUUAGCUAGAUUGCUCUCUGACUCUCUCUGUCUAUCUUUGUCCUACGGUACUGCACAAAGAAAGCAAAACACAAACAAAUGAAACAAUGUAAGACGAAUGGUUGUGUACUGAAAAAAGCCAUAUUAUGAAUUGUAAAGAUAAGAAGCAAGGCAAAGGAGGAAAACAAACAUAUUUGCAGCAAUGCAGUCCGGGCUUGCUCGAAAGAAGAAUGGCUUCACAGGAUGAAGGGGCUGGAAGCGGGUGAGUCGCAGAAGGACGAAUAUUAGCUGGUGUUUAACCACAAUUUAGUGUGUACUAUCUUUAAAUGUGUGAAUCCGUCUUUUGAGUAUUGUUAAAAUGGAGAGUAAGGUAUUGCGCGGGAAAAUGAACAGCCAUCGGCGGGCCCGCCAUUAUGAUUAUGAAGGUGUGCGGUAGCAGGGAAAGGCUUCGAUUCGAUCAAAGGAUAAAAGAAGAAUUGGCGUGAAGGUGGUGAACGUCACUCUUUCUUCCUUUUCGACAACUGGCGUGUAAUGGCAUAGAUUUAAUGCGUGUUAGUGUGUACAGUGAGGGCUUCAUUCCAGCUGCUUACGCCCUUUUUGGAUGUCCGGGGGCAUGGCAGGGACCGAGGAGAGGAGGGCGUAAGCAACUGAUGAAAUCCUUUCGAAUUGUUCUUUAAUCGUUUGUAAGAUUAGUUAAGAUUGUACCGAGCGACCCCGGUUGUUCGGGUUCGUCGGCUCGAUCUGUUUCAGCAUGAUAAAUAACACAAGGCUUACUAUUAAUAUUUGUGACUGAUUAUUGAAAUACCUUUAUAAGAUACGUUUUACUAUCUACUCUAUACUCUCGACUCAUGCAAGGUACUGUUUUAUUUAUCUUUAUUUUGUAUCGUUCUCAUGCAAACUGUUUCUAUUUAUGAUUCCUAUAAGAGUCAUAUUUCGGGGGAUUGAUCAAUAAUACCAAAUGAAUCGUGACAUAACAAAAAUGGUGGUUAUAAGCAACGAGGGGUAAGAUUUUAAAUACUUAUGAUACUAGUUAUUACACAAUCCAACUCGCUGGUAUCAAUCAAACCACCACAACAGUCUGAAGAUCAUUCAUUAAAAGAAGACUAAGAAGAAUUAAAAACACGAUUUACCCCUUACCCGAGCUAGUCAUGUUCUUUUGAAAAAGGAAAAUCUAUCGUUUUGUUAAACAGUAUAGUACUUAAAUAACAAGUAAGUAACCAAAGAAUGACGUGUUACGAAACAGAAGCGCAAAUCUCGAGUAGCAAUUAUAACUCGCACUGGACUCGGCUAAGAAAAUGGUAGUAAUUGCACCUAUUUAAUUUUCAUUCACUUCGACCAUUAUUAUUAUUCUUAUUAUUGUUACGUUUAAAGAAUUUCUUCGAAAAUAAAGUAUCGGACCUGCAAGUCAUGCUGUGUGUGAGAGAAUGCGCGAAGAAGGGGCUGAAAUGAAUGUAACCAUCCUACAGAAAUGAAUCGUGAUUGAAGAAGAACGCAAAAAGGAUAGAAGUAGCUUGAUCGACGAUUGCGAAAUCGCCACCGGUGAUCAAGGAUAAUUCUCAAGAAAGGUAUUCCGUUGGGUUAAGAUUAAGAGAUAGAACGAGAGAGAGAGAGAGAGAGAGAGA